UCAACUAAAUUCAGCCAUGUCAUACAUUAUGCACUCAUUUCAAUGGCUUUCUCUGUUCUUUCUAAGUAUCUCAUCUAGUGUUUCUGCUUUCCAUCAUAUUCCAAGGUUAGGAACUUUGCGGAGAACCAAGGAACUCGAACCCCAAACCAGGUCUACCUUGCAAUUGCAUGAAGACCUCAAAACAUUUUAUUACACCCAAAGACUUGAUCACUUCAACUACAGGCCUGAUAGCUACACCACUUUCCAACAAAGAUAUAUGAUAAAUUUCAAGUACUGGGGUGGAGCUAAAUUAAAUGCACCAAUUUUUGCAUACCUUGGAGCAGAAGAACCAGUGGAUCAGGAUAUAUACUAUGUUGGUUUUCUCAGAGAUAACGCUCCUCAGUUCAAUGCUCUUAUUGUAUAUAUUGAGCAUAGAUACUAUGGGAAAUCAAUACCAUUUGGGUCAAGGGAAGAAGCUAUGAGAAAUGCGAGUACUCGUGGCUACUUCAAUUCAGCACAAGCAAUAGCUGACUAUGCUUCUGUGCUUUUGCACAUCAAGAAAAGUUUGUCAGCUCAGAAUUCUCCCAUUAUUGUUAUUGGAGGUUCUUAUGGUGGAAUGCUUGCAUCAUGGUUCCGCCUAAAGUAUCCCCACAUUGCUCUUGGUGCUCUUGCUUCAUCAGCACCAAUUCUUUACUUCAAUGGUGUUGCCCCACAAGCCGGAUAUUAUUAUAUUGUAACCAAGGACUUCAAAGAAACUAGUGAGAGUUGUUACCAAACUAUACGUAAAUCAUGGUCUGAAAUUGACAGAGUUGCUAAGAAGCCUAAUGGUCUUUCAAUUCUCAGCAAGAGAUUUAAAACUUGCAACAAAUUGAGCAAAAGUUUUGAGCUCAAGGACUACUUAGACUCAUUAUACACUGAAGCGGCUCAGUACAAUCACCCUCCUGCGUACCCAGUUAAGGUCAUAUGUGAAGCUAUUGAUGCAGAAGCUAAGAAAACAGAUAUUAUAGGCCAAAUAUUUAAAGGUGUUGUAGCUUAUAUGCAACAUCGAUCAUGCUAUGACAUGAAUGCAUUCAAUCAUCCAACUGAAACUAACCUGGGAUGGAGAUGGCAGACAUGCAGCGAGAUUGUUAUGCCAAUAGGUCAUGAUAGGAACGAUUCAAUGUUCCCACCAUCACCUUUCAAUAUGAAGACUUUUGUUAAUGAGUGUAAGAGCUUAUAUGGCGUCCUUCCUCAGCCUCAUUGGGUGACCACAUAUUAUGGGGGUCCUGAUUUGAAACUGAUUCUCCAUAGGUUUGCUAGCAACAUCAUAUUCUCCAAUGGAUUGAGAGAUCCGUACAGCUCUGGCGGGUAA